GGAAGUUCAACAAGUUUCAGCUCAGCAGCAUCCUCCGGCUGUUUGGUUAUCCGUACGGCUCUGGUUUUUAUUUCUUUUCUGCUACACCCCUUUGCAUCAACAGGGCCUCAGUGAGCGCCCCUCAUGCCGCUGCCUUGAUGACGCGCCUGUCGGCAACUGCGCUCCUUCGCGAUGGCCUGCGCAUGCUGAUUCCCCUGUCGGUCGCGCUGACGAUCUACCUGUACCUUUACCCGGUCUUCAACGCGUGCGCAUUUCCGCUGCCGCCGGGCCAGAAAAGCGAUGGUCAUGCUGCGUCCGCCGCCGACACUGGGCGUGCCGCAUUCUUCGAGACAGCGAAAGUGCACUGGCACUCGGCCGCUGGGACUGCUGGGAAUGGCAACUCGAGCGUGCUUGUCCCCUCACGACCUCUCGCGCCGUUCCGCCUUCUCGCCCUGGGCGACCCGCAGCUCGAGGGCGACACGUCGAUCCCGAUCGACUACCUCGGCGUCUUCCCCCACGCGAAGAGCCUGCUCCGGCAUGUGACGUUCCAGACGAGCCACCCGUCCCUGCGACAGCGCAUCCGCCAGAGCCUCCACGACCUGGUCGACAUCUUGCUGGAGGACACCUUCGACGCGCUCGAAUCGCUGCGCAAGAAAGUCGACCUGUUUGGCAACGACUUCUACCUCGCUCACAUCUACCGGACGAUACAUUGGUGGACACGCCCGACGCACGUCACGGUGCUCGGCGACCUGGUGGGAAGCCAAUGGCUCGACGACGACGAGUUCUACCGCCGGGCCGACCGCUACUGGACUCGGGUGUUCCGCGGUGCCGAGCGCGUGCCGGACGAUCUGGCCGCCUACCCCGCCGACGAGUACGACCUAGCGGGCAACCUCGGAGGCGGUCCGUUCAACGAGUCCGCCGCAUGGGUCCGCCGCAUCAUCAACGUGGCCGGGAACCACGACAUCGGCUACGCGGGGGACAUCAACGAGGAGAGAGCCGAACGAUUCGAGCGCACCUUUGGCAAGGUGAAUUACGAGCUGCGCUUCGAGCUGCCCCUGAGCAACGCGUCGCUGGCCGCGACCGUCUUCGACGCCGACCGCACCUCGGACCGACUUGUCCCGGAGCUGCGCAUCGUCGUGCUCAACGACAUGAACCUCGACACGCCCGCCGCAAGCACCGCGCUGCAGGACGACACAUACGCCUUCAUCAACAAGGUCAUCAGCACGGCCGCCGCCGUCGAGUUCAAGGGCCAGUUCACCCUCAUCCUCACCCACAUCCCGCUGUACAAGCCUGAGGGCGUCUGCGUCGACGACCCCUUUUUCGACUUCCACGAGCACGACGGCACCCUGCGCGAGCAGAACCAGCUCAGCGACGCCGCCAGCAAGGGCUUCCUCGAGGGCAUCCUCGGCAUGUCGGGCAGCACCACGGCGCCUGGCCGCGGCCAGGGGCGACGCGGCAUCAUCCUAAACGGCCACGACCACGAAGGCUGCGACACGUGGCACUACAUCAACCAGUCCAUCGCCGACUCGGAGCAGCGCCGGUGGGAGGUCAAGCGCUGGCGCCAGGCCAAGGCCGCCGGGAUCGUCGGCCGCGAGGACCUGCCCGGCGUCCGUGAGGUCACGGUGCGCAGCAUGAUGGGCGAGUUCGGCGGCAACGCGGGCCUGCUGAGCGUCUGGUUCGACGAGGCCGCCUGGGAGUGGAAGGCCGAGUAUGCGACCUGCCCGCUGGGGAAGCAGCACUUUUGGUGGGUGGUGCACGUUCUGGAUGUCAUUGUCGUGGCGGGGAUCCUGCUGUAUGGUCUCGCUACGGUGUUUUCUGCCGUGGGGUUUGAUGUGGAUGAGACCGUGGAGAGGUCCGUCGUGCGGUUAUGUACACCGCAGAGAGAGCUGGCUGAUGCCGAUGCCGAUGCCGAUGCCGAUGUCAAAACGCGCGUGAAUGGUGGCGACCUGGUCAACGGCGGUGGCAAGGGGUAACAAAAAA